UCACUCAAAACACCUGCAAUAAAACAAGAAACAAGAAACAAGAAAAAUAUUGAGCUCGUCUCUGCACUUUGAAACAACACUCUGCUCACCCUAUAUUCACACUCGUCGCCGAGCCAUCUUGACUUCCUUUAUUUCACUGAUAUACUCGAGUACUGUACUACUAAAGAGCAUCCAAAAUCCCCCUCAAGCAACCCCACCUUCCACUUUAAGACGUGGCAGGAGAGUAGUUGACGAAAUAUCUGAUAACCUUCUCGACAACUCAUACUACAUUUGGAACUCUUCAAAUCAACAUUAUCCGCAUCCACUUAUUCGUUGUUGUUCUCUGGUUAUAUUUGAUUGACUUCUUUACUCUAUUAUUGGUCUCUUGUUAAGCAAUAUUGCGGCAGAGCUUGUAGCGAAGCCAACCCUUUCAUAGGUAGUCAACAGUCGAGGAUUCUGACCUAGAUUUGAAAGGCAAAUAUGUUUUCUUCGGUCAGUACUCCAUGGCAUUUUAUAUUUCCGAUUCUUGAUUCUUUCCCUUUCUUCACCUCCUCAUCUGCCCCAUUCUUGUCUAACUCACAUCACGAGAUUAUGGAGACAUAUUCGUGAUUCGUGAAUUCUAUGCGACUGAUGUCCUCCUGUAAUCGCAAGCAUCGUGGUAGGUCUACCAAGGGGAAACUUCAACGCAGCCAUGCAAGAUCUUAUACUGCAUCUUACAUUCCUUCUGAACUUCAAUCCGAUUAUUUCCAUAGCGGUCAUGUCGGGAACCUUCUUUUUGGCAGACAGAAAACUACAGAGACCGAAGAACUAAUAUAUGUUCGCCGUAAACAGAAGAAACCAUACUCAGCAGUCACAGUCGCCAUCGAGCGUCUCACGAGCGAGCAGUAUGAAGAUGAUGAUUUUGGUGGCAUUCCAGAGUUGGUGGAAGUGAUCAAAAUUCAAUCUACAGGUCCUACGGAAGCUUCUAGGGCUAUUCGAAAGAAACUCAAGUAUGGUAAUGUACAUCGUCAGAUUCGAGCUUUAGAGAUUCUGGAUGGUCUUAUCCAGAAUGCUGGUCCAAGAUUUCAGCGUACUUUUGCCGAUGAAGCUUUACUCGAGCGUCUACGUAUCUGUGGUACAUCAGAUCUUUCGGAUCCUGCAGUGAAAGCUAAAUGCAAGGAACUAUUCAGGAACUGGUCUGUUGAAUUUGCAGAAGUUAGUGGAAUGGAAGAGGUUCGCGGUCUUUACAAGGUGUGUAUCAUUUGAAAGCCUCUAUACCUCUUGCUAACACAAUUCGAAGCAAUUACCUCGUACCAAGAAGGUUGUCACUCAAGAUAGAUCAAAAGUUCUCCGUGAAACAGAGGAGAAUCCUUUCCAAGACGAUGAAAUUGAGGAACCUCCUACGCCUGUCCCUUCCCAAGCUGGUCCUUCUCACUCACGACAAAGCUCUGUAACAACAUCUACCAGAGAACGAGCAUCCUCAAUAAUGUCUGGCUCUGCUAAGAAGUCUAAGAAGGAUAAAGAAAAGGACAAGAAGAAAAAGCCCAAGCCGUUCAACCUAGAAGCUGAGAAGGAAGCAAUGAAAGCCGCUAUUGCAGAAUCAGCUGUUUCAUCCACUAACCUUUUGAACGCGUUGAGACAUAUUAAUCGAGAGAAAGAGCGAAUUUCUGAGAACAAAACAGCUUUGCAGCAUUUUGAUAAUUGUAAACUUCUCCGUAGGAAGAUCCUACGAUAUGUAAGUUUAUUACUGGUUGCGAAUUAUACUAAGCUAACAUUUCCAUCAGAUUCAACAUGUUGAGGCCGAAGAAUGGCUCGGAGGACUUCUUCACGCAAACGAUGAAUUGGUUAAUGCUUUAAUGACAUUUGAACAGCUUGAUAGAUCAAUUGAUGCUGAUAGUGAUUCUGAUGAUGACAUGGCCGAGCAAGCUCAUCUCUACAGAAGUAUGAUUUCCUCCUCGCGAUAUACGAAUAUUAACUAAUAUCAUAUAGUGGCGGAACGAAGUAAAGCCGAACGUAGAGGUAGUGAUGCAACACAACAACUUGCUGGUCUUUCUAUUGGCACUAAAAGUCCGAUCAGCCCUAUUAAAACCUCCCAUCGUCCUGCACCACCAACUCCUGUUCAGCCUACACAUCCUCUAGUACCGGAGUCAGAGGAAGAAGAAGAAGAUGAGAAUGAUCCUUUUGCUGAUCGUAAUGCGUUUGAUUGAUCAUGGUUAUCAUAUCUUGCAUUGUGUAACACCAUCUGGUGUGAUAGAUUGUUGUAGUUUGGAAGAGAUGACUCUAGCCUCUGAGACGGUGGGGCGCAUGGUGUUGCAUUAGCAUGGCAUACGCGGAGGAGUAUUUGUUCAGUGCGGCGGUGUGUUGAGUAAUUUUUGGCAUCGAUGAGUAUCAAGAAUGUAUUCAAUGAUGAGGGAUGAGGUAUCAAGGAUGAAUGGGUAAUGAAUUAUGGAUGGAAGAAGCUGGAUAUAAAAGUAUGAAGUGUAGUAAAAUCCAAAGUUUAAAAUCAUGAUUAGUUUUGCUACUCGC